UUUGAGCAAAUGCUUUCCUGCACUACCCACAUUUUUUUAGAGAAAGAGAAGUUGACAUAGUGUGAGUGGUGUCAGCUAUUAAAUGUAUUCCUAAAAGAUCCUCAAAAUGAGAUUUCCAGGGGAGAUCAUUUGGCUUAUAUUGUGGACUGUUUGUGUUGCAGAAGAUUGUAAAGAACCUCCUCCAAGAAAAGAAACUCAAGUUUUGUCAGGUGCCUGGCUUCAACAAACAUAUCCAGAGGGUACUCAGGCUACAUAUAAAUGCCGACCUGGAUUUAGAACUCUUGGAGCUAUUAUAAUGGAAUGCAAGAAUGGAGAAUGGGUGGCUCUUAAUCCAUCAAGGAUAUGUCAGAGAAGGCCUUGUGGACAUCCUGGAGAUGCUUCUUUUGGUUCUUUUCAUCUUGAAAGAGGAAAUAAGUUUGAAUAUGGUGCAAAGGUUGUUUAUACAUGUAAUGAGGGGUAUCAGUUAAUAGGUAGGAUUAAUUUCCGUGAAUGUGAACCAGAUGGAUGGACCAAUGAUAUUCCUAUAUGUGAAGUUGUUAAGUGUUUACCAGUGACAGAACCAGAGAAUGGAAGACUUGCCAGUAUUGCAUUGGAAUCAGACCAAGAAUAUAGUUUUGGACACGUAGUACGAUUUGAGUGUAAUUCAGGUUUCAUGCUUGAUGGGCCUUCAGAAAUCCAUUGCUCAGCAAAUGGUAUUUGGAGUGCAGAACAACCGAGAUGUGUGGAAAUUUCCUGCCAAAAGCCAGAAAUUAUAAAUGGAUAUCUUACUUUUGAGAAACAAACUUACAAGGAAAAUGAACGACUUCAUUAUAAAUGUCACAAGGGUUAUGAAUACAGUGAAAGAGGAGAUACUGUAUGUACUAAACUUGGAUGGAUUCCAAGUCCUUCAUGUAAAGAAGCACUAUGUCCUCCUCCUAAUAUUCGAAAUGGUGACUACACACCUAAAGCCACCAAAUACAGAAGUGGAGAUGCAAUCACAUAUCAUUGUAAAAGUGGCUUUUUUUCAACGAUCUAUGGAAAUAAGGCAACAUGUACUGAUGUAGGCUGGGUACCUCUGCCAAGAUGUAGUUUGAAGCCUUGUGAUUUUCCAGAAAUAAAACAUGGAAGUCUAGAUGAGCAAUAUAGAUCAUACUUUCCAGUAGCUGUAGGAAGAAGUUUUUACUAUCGCUGUGAUGAUGAUUUUGUGACUCCUUCAGAAAGAUACUGGGAACCCAUUCAAUGUACACCAGAAGGAUGGAUGCCAGAAGUACCAUGCCGCAGAAGAUGUACGUUCCACUAUUUGAAAAAUGGACAAAAGCCACAGAGAAAAAACUAUUACCAAGGUCAAUCUGUAAGAGUUAACUGUUAUUAUGGUCACAGUCUUCAAAAUGGGCACAAUAUAAUGACCUGUACAGAGGAUGGUUGGUCCCCUCCUCCCGAAUGCGUUCCUCUCAAAACAUGUUCAACAUCACAGAUAAAAAUUGAAAAUGGAUUUUUUUCUGAAUAUGAACUUACAUAUGUCUUGGCUACAGUAACCCAAUAUCAGUGUAAAUCAGGAUAUUUAACACCAGAUGGUAAAAUUUCAGGAACAGUUAAAUGUCUGGAAAGCGGAUGGUCACCUCAACCCAUAUGCAUCAAAUCUUGUGACAUGCCGGUACCCGAGAAUGCCAGAAUCAAAAGUAAUGCCACAUGGUUUGGACUCAAUGACAAUGUGGACUAUGAGUGCUAUGAUGGAUUUGAAGGCAGACAUGGGCACACAGGUUCCAUAGUGUGUGGUGAUGACGGUUGGUCUCAUAAACCAGCAUGUUAUGAAAUAGAGUGCAAGAUUCCUAAAAUAGAUGCACAAUUACUUCCUGAUCCCAAAAAGGACAAAUAUAAAGUUGGAGAUGUGUUAAAAUUCUCCUGCAGACAAAGAUUUAUAAGAGUUGGACCAGAAUCAAUUCAGUGUUACUACUUUGGAUGGUCCCCUGCUUUUCCAACAUGUAAAGAGCAAACAAAACACUGUGCUGCACCUCCUCAUAUUCUCAAUGGAGAAGUUAAGGAAACACAGAAGGAAAUCUAUGAACACAAUGAUUUGGUGGAAUAUGUUUGUGAUACUAGAUUUCUGAUGAAGGGUUUUAAUAAAAUUCAAUGUAUUGAUGGAGAGUGGACAGACUUGCCUAUGUGUAUUGAGGUGGAGAGUACUUGUGGAGAUAUACCUGAACUUGAUAACGGCUCUGUUGUUGAGUCUUCUGACCCUCCCUAUCACCAUGGAGAUUCAGUAGAGUUCAGUUGCAAAGAAGAAUUUACAAUGGUUGGACCCAAGUCUAUUACCUGUAUUAGUGGAAUGUGGACCGAACUUCCUCAGUGCAUUGCAACAGAUGAACUUAAGAAGUGUACAUACGAACUGACUAAAUAUGAGGCAAAUCCAUUAGAUAACACUAUAUUUAAUCAUAAUGACAACAUAAGUUAUAAAUGCAGAAGAACAUUAAAGCAGAAGAACUCAACGUGCAUAAAUGGACAAUGGAAUCCUGAACUAACCUGCACAGAAGUUGAAAAGCAGUCAUGCCCCCCUCCACCUCAGAUUCCCAAUGCUCAGAAUGUGGCAACAACAGUGAAUUUUAAGGAUGGAGAAAAAGUAUCUGUUGUCUGUCAAGACAAUUACAUAAUUCAGGAUGCAGAAGAAAUUGUGUGUAAAGAUGGAAGAUGGCAGUCAGUACCACGCUGUGUUGAAAAAAUCCCAUGUCCUCAACCAUCUCCUAUAGAACAUGGAACCAUUAAAUCAUCUAUAUUUUCAGAAGAAAUAGAAGAAACAUCAAAACCUAAGUCUUACCCACAUGGCAGCAAAUUGAACUACACUUGUGAGGAUGGUUUCAGGGUAUCUGAAAAGGAUGAGAUAACUUGCCAGAUGGGAAAAUGGAGUUCUUUACCUCGGUGUGUAGGGCUUCCGUGUGCACCACCAGCAUAUAUGGUUACACAUGGUAUUCUAAUUCAAAAAUCAGACAGUUACCAAUAUGGAGAAGAAGUGAUAUAUAAAUGUGAUGAUGGUUUUGCAAUUGAUGGACCUGCAUCUGUAAAAUGUUUAGGAGGAAAAUGGUCUAAUCCACCAAAAUGCAUAAAAACAGACUGUUUUAACUUACCCAGCUUUGGUAAUGCCAUACCCAUAGGCCCGAAGAAAGUAUUAUAUAGGUCAGAAGAAAAAGUGACUUAUAGAUGUCCAACAUAUUACCGUUUGGAUGGACCCAAUUUUGUACAGUGUCUUAAUGGCCAAUGGAUAGGAAGUCCAGUAUGCAAAGAUAUGUCCUGUGAGAGUCCACCCAAAGUGAAAAAUGCUAAUGUACUAAACGAGAGGACUAGGUAUCUACCUGGUUGGAGUGUUCAUUAUGAAUGCAUCAAACCUUUUGACCUGUUUGGAGAAGCAGAAGUGACAUGUUUAAAUGGGACCUGGACAAAACCACCUCAAUGUGGAGAAUCUAAAGGAAAAUGUGGGCCUCCUCCAUCUAUUGACAAUGGAGACAUUACUUCAUUCCCAUUAUCAGCAUAUGCUCCAGAAUCAUCAGUAGAAUACAAAUGCCAGGCCUUGUAUGCACUUCAGGGAAACAGGAUUGUAAGAUGCAGAAAUGGACAGUGGUCAAAACCACCAAAAUGCUUAGAUGCCUGUGUUGUAUCAGAAGACAUCAUGAAAAGAAAUAACAUACGAUUUCGAUGGUCUUCUGAGACAAAACUGUAUUCUCAAACAAGGGAUACUGUUGAGUUUGAAUGUAUCCCUGGAUAUCAUUCAAAGACAAACAAUCAAGCAUUCCGAGCAGUCUGUCAUGAAGGGAAAAUGACAUAUCCUGUUUGUGUAAUAGGUUAUAGUUAAAUGCAGUUUUAUAAUUAAAGUAUAUACAUUUACUGAGAAUUUUUAUUAUCAGUCCAAUUCUCAGUUUAUUUUGUCAAGUAUUGUGUAACUCAUUUAUAUUCAUAAAUCAGAAUUUGUAUUAAAUAUGAUGUGGAUGAUGUAAUUAUAAUCAGAGGAAUGAAUAAAUCACUUCUUAAAAGCACCUCAUUAAAACUUGGCAAGCCAAAAUGCUUUGUGUCCUAUUCAUAAAAUAUCUAUGGCAAGAGAUUAGGUCACUCCAGUGUCUACUUCUAUCCAUCUUUCCCUCUAACUUUCUCAAAACGUCUUCCAUAACUUCUGAGUCUGCCUGAGACUCUCCAUUUCAGAGUAAAUGGGAGAAAAUGCUUUUCACCAUUUUCAAGAUAAUUUCAUUUCAAAAACAUGUGAAAACCUAACUAUGCCAUACCUUAUUAAUAAUACGAUAUAAGUAGUUAUUAUUUACUUUUGCUUAUCUGUCAAUAGCAAAAUGAGCAAAACCAAAAAAUGAUCAUAAAUGCAAGAUUUUCUACAAGAUGGCUAUAUAGCACACAUAAAAAUUCAAACAUAUCAUAAAGAGAAAUUAGAAUCUAAUUGGGUGCAUAACUGUCAUAACAUGAAACGUGACAAAAAAUCUGAUUUCAAGUAUAAACACACAAUAUUUUGAACUCUAUAAACAUAUAUGUUUAUAGAAUCUAUAAACAGUAUAAGCAUAACUGUUUAUAAAACAAGAACUGUCGGGAAAUACAAUAAAAUAUUUACAAUAACUACAGUUGAAUUUAAAGGUGCUAGGAGUAAGAGUUGGUGUUUAAGCCCUUAAAAGUCACCUGUAUUGAGAAGACUGGGUGGCUCAGCGGUUGAGUGUCUGCCUUCCACUCGGGGCAUGAUCCCAGGUCCCCAGAUAGAGUCUGCAUAGGGCUCCCUCUGGGGAGCCUGCUUCUCCCUCUGUCUGUGUCUCUGCCUCUUUUUGUCUCUCAUGAAUGAAUAAAUAAAUAAAAUCUUUUUUAAAAAGUCA